AUGCGCAAGGGGACCGCCGCCCUCAAGCGUCAGCAGGUGGCGCAGCUGCGCCAGCAUCACCAACAGCUACUGGCUGCCGCUCCGGAGCUGGCGCUGGCCUCCUCUUCGCGCCUGGCUGCGGCCCUGAUCUCGUCGGCGGUGGCCUUGAGCGCCUCUUCCGCGAGCCUUGUAAAUAAUCAUCGCCACGGCCAUAUGCAACAACAGCAGCAGCAGCUGGCGCUGCCGCAGCCGCCACAGGCGCGCCAUCAUCACCAUCAGGCAACAUCUCACAGGCAUCACCAUCACCACCACCACUCACAUCACCACUCGCACCACCAUCAUCAUCAGUGUCGCUCGAAACGCAAACUGCAGAAAUUGUAUUAUACGCUUUGCCGUUAGAUCUGUAACUUAACUAUAUCUAUGUAUACUUGUAUGAGAGAAAGUUUCUUAGAACCACCAGCAUCAGCAGCAUCUAGAUUAAGUCAGUCGCACUCCUAUCAACUCCUUUUUAUCUUACCAGUCCAGUGUUUUUUGUAUAUGUAUUUAUUUAUUACAAUUCUUUUUUUUUUUUUUGUACUCUUACACAUCUCAUUUUCUUAAUUGGCCCUAAACUGAAAGAAAAAUCUCAUCAGUGCAAUAAUAUACAUAAAUCUAAAGAUAUAUAUCUAUAUAUGUAUACAUAUAUAUAUAUGCUGAUUUUAAAAUCAUUUCUUAUUUUAUACAAACACUCCAAGCUAUUUAUUGUAAUUGAAAAAGAUUUGUGAUUUGCGCACAGGAUAUAAACUUUGUAGAGCAUCCACUGUAUUUGUAGCGUGUCUCAAGCAAUUUUCGUUUUAAGUACUCCAAGGAAUUUAUAUAUCAUCCGCACAGACGCAUUAACCUAACCAGCCUAAAACACACUCACACACACACCCCACAAAGCCCUCUGAUUAAGUAUUACUUAGCGUACGUAAGCUUUACUUUAAGUUGCAUAUGGCAAGAAAACCACAACAAAAUGUACUUUACUUAGGUCGAUCCUCAGUUUCGAUCACGAACUGGGGGCAAAGUAUCAAAUUUGUGAGGCGAGUCGAGAAUCAGCAUUCUUCUCGUCCAGGCAUAGUAUACGUAUACGUAGUUUUUUCUGAUUGUGCUGGGCAAGUCAAGAAGUACUCAAUGCGAAUAAAGUGAAUUGGCCAAGUCA